AUGGUUAUUUCCCCUGCUUCGCCCGCGCCCGCCUUCCGCCUUCCGGUUGCCGCCGGCGACCACCGUCACCAUCCAGUGCCGGGAGCGAAGUCGACGGAGCAAUGGCUCGUCUCCUCCCUCAAGACUCCUCAGACCCCCACCAAGCUAAAGGCCAUCCACGCCCAGGUUCUAAAGACCGGCAACGCCGGGAACGAUCUCGUGCUCGGCCAGCUCCUCCUCUGCUGCUCCCUCUCCAAAUCCAUGGACUACGCCCUCUCCGUCUUCCUCUCCCUCCCGUCCCCGGGGCCCUUCUUCUACAACGCCAUGCUCAAGGGGUACGCCGACAACGGGGACCAUGAGCAGUGCCUGGGAAUUUACUCCCUCAUGCGUGGGUGCUCGGUCCCCUGCGACUCCUUCACCUUCCCCGCAGUUCUGAGGGCCGCCGGUUGCUUGGCCCGUGUCGAAGUCGGCGAAGAAGUCCAUGGGCUGAUGGUGAAACUGGGUCUCGACGGCAGCGCCAUACUGCGGACCGCCGUCAUGGAUAUGUACUUCUCCUGUGGACUCGCAGAUCGCGCUGGCGUCCUCUUCGAGAAGACGGUCGACCGAGACGUCAUCUGUUGGAACGCGAUGCUCUCUGGCCUCGGCAAAUGCGGAGAACUUGAGCGGGCGCACGAGCUCUUUGAUCGGAUGCCUCAGAGAAACGUCUCAUCCUGGAAUACCAUGCUCGACAUGUACUGCAAGGCUGGGAAACCAGACCUCGCCAGGGGCCUGUUCGAUGAUAUGCCCGAGAGAGACAUCAUAUCGUGGAACGUCAUGAUCUCGGGCUACGGUAGGGUUGGCGGCUCCGGCGCUGCACGAAAACUGUUCGAAUCAAUGACCAAUAGAAGCGUGGUCUCCUGGAACGCGGUGAUCGCUUGUUACGUGCACAAUGGGCUCUUCCAAGAGGCGCUCGAUCUGUUCAGAGAGAUGCAGGGAUCUGACGUCAGCCCUAAUGAGGUCACUGCCGUGGCCGUCCUGCAGGCGUGCGCCCAUCUGGGCACCCUCUUCCAGGGGCAAUGGAUCGAGGCGUUCAUCCGGAGGCGCCGCAUGAAAAUAGAUCCUCAUGUGGUGGCUGCCCUGAUCGAUAUGUACGGGAAGUGCGGUAGUGUGGCCGACUCCCAGAGGAUCUUCGACGAAGCCCGCGGAAUGAGGAACAGUGUCAUCUGCAGCUCGAUGAUCGACGUGCUGGCGACUCACGGUGGAGCUGAGAAAGCAUUCGAGGUCUUCGAAUCCAUGGAAAGAGAGGCCAUCCAGCCCAACGAGGUCACCUUCGUCGGGCUGCUCAAGGCGUGCAGCCACGCCGGGCUGGUCGAGACCGGCCGGAAAUACUUCGAGUUGAUGGAGAAGGAAUUUGGACUGACGCCGAGUCUCGAGCACUACGGCUGCAUGGUGGAUCUUCUUGGCCGCGCGGGCCUCCUGGAAGAGGCGUACGAGCUGAUCUCGACCAUGCCGGAGCUACCUCCCUUGGUCAUUUGGUCUUCGCUUCUGAGCUCCUGCAGGAUCCAUGGAGAUGUCGAACUGGCCGAGAACGUUUCCCUCCGCCUCACAGAGUUGGACCCCGAGAGCUGCGGGAAUUACGUCUUGCUGUCCAAUGUGUACUCCAAGGCCAAGAGGUGGGAGGACGCUGCGCUGGUGAGGAGGACGAUGAAGGAUAAAGGCAUCAAGAAGAAGCCCGGGUGCAGCUCGAUCGAGGUCGGCGGCGAGAUGCACGAGUUCCUCGCCGGCGGCUGCGACCAUCCCCGCAGUGGAGAGAUCUAUGAGAUGCUAGAUCUGAUGGUUGUGAGGCUGCGGAGAGAAGGGUACGUCCCCAACCUUUCCACCGUGUUGCAGGAUGUGGGCUCGGAAGAGAGGGAGAGGGCGCUUCUCCUUCACAGUGAGAAGCUGGCUCUUGCCUUCGGGCUGCUGAGCACCCAAGCGGGCGGCCCCAUUCGGAUCGUUAAGAACCUCAGAGUCUGCGAGGACUGCCAUCAGUUCGUGAAGCUGGCGUCCAGGAGUUAUGGGAGGCAGGUGGUAAUGAGGGACUGCAGCCGUUUUCAUUAUUUCUCUGAUGGGUCUUGCUCUUGCUCGGAUUUUUGGUGA